UAGGUGCUAAGAGUUCAACCGCAUUCCAAGAUUACAUGUACAUGUCUAUCAGGUAGACGUUUCUGAUGCGCCUUACAGCCGCGGGCAGAAGUAACAAGUUUUAUGAAAGCUGUUUAAAUGAAACAGUCGCAGACUGGAGUGACAUAUUGUGAAAGCUGUUUAAAGGAAACUUUCUGCAGCUCGUUUUGAGAGAACUUUAUUGUGAUAACAAAGGUUUUUGCGAGCAAUUGGUUCACCGUACCCCAAACAGUACGGGAAAAUGCGAAGGAGUUUGUUCGUCUACCUCGUUCUUUUUUGUCAAGUGUCAGAACAAACUGCUGAAAACAUGUGCCAGACCAAAGAAUGGGAGUCCAGAGAAGAUGAUGGGUUUAAUGAAGCUUCCUUUAUGAAAAAUCUUAGGAUAGAUUCGUAUAACUUCAGGACCAUUCUAUACUGGGAUGUGGAUUCUCGAAAAACUGUGAAUUCCUCCAGUGUGCCAUAUUUCACAGUUGUAUUAAGAAAAUAUAAGACAGAUACAUGUGCACUUGUUCAGAAGUGCAUUCAGAUUGUUCACCAGUAUUGUGAUAUCACUGAAAUGUUGCAAGACGUGGAUGAUUUCUAUUGGACUAAGGUGAAAGCAUACAUGGCAUCAAAACAAUUUGAACUGAUGACUGGGUUUUCCUAUAAAGAUCCAGGUAUAAUAAUUGGACCUCCAAAAAUGAAUAUUACAGUUGAUGGUGAGAGCGUAACUGUCUUACUUCAACACCCACUUACUCCAUUUGAAGACAGAUACACUGUGAGAAUGAUUUAUACGGAUUUUUACUACUAUCUCCUUUCAUCAUGUUCACUGCCCAAAAUAAUCAAGAACUGCACAUUGCAGUACUGCAUCAUGUACCGUUUUGUUCCAGUACUACCUUUCAACUGUUGUAUAUCUACACAAGGGAUAUCGGAUCGCUGGGGUGUCAAAGGAACAAUAUCAAAUGAAACAUGUGUGAGCAUUAAACAAAAAGCAAACCUAGGCUCUCGUUACGUAAGCAGAAUAAUAAAAACAAUACUCUUUUCGAUUGUGAGUGUCAUAGUCUUAGUAGUCGUGACUUUGAAACUCCUCGGUUUACUGAAAAAGAAAAAUGAAGACUUUCCUAAAUCACUGGGCAAUAUUGUGAGAUCCUGGCAUCCAUACCCAGCCAGUGAAGAAUGCACAGAAAACCAUCUAUUAAUUGUACCUCCUUCUGAAAGAAUUGUGAAAGUACCAGAAGAUCACCAGCUUGUCUGUGAGGAAGACAAACAGCAGAGCCAUAAGGAAAUUACCAUCAGUUCUGAAAGUAAUCAUUUACCAAAUGAGAACGUUAAAGCAGAAGAAACAGCUGAAGCAGAAAACUUAGUGGAAAAUAGCGAUAUGUCAGGAGGAGCAUAUGGCUUAGAAUCAUUAAGUGAACCAAAAGAUGAUAGCAGUUUUCGUCCCUUUAUUUAUAAAAGCACAGUAAAGACUUGCAGAAAUGACAGGCCUCUUCCAGUGACUGACACAGUGAGACCAGUGGCAUGUAUUACAUCUUCAGGCUAUGAUUGUCCUCAAGUUUUGGAUGUUUUAAUAGACCAUAACAAUGGAGACUGCAUCACUGGUUAUAAAUGAGCUUAUAAUAGAAAAAAUGACUUGAAUGCUUUGAUUGUUCUCACCUGCUCUGCAGUCUUAUGGAGAAGCAGUCUGAAUGGAAGCAUUGCAUAAGCUAUAACUGCUAAAAAGAGAGAAUUGUCUCAGUUUAGCCAUACAUGCCAGCAAUACAUUUUCAAGGCAAACUAUUUUACUAAGAUCAUGAGUUUUAUCUGAGUCAUUACUCUCAUUACCUGAAGUUUGUGACAUACCUUCUGCCAACUAUAGCAUUAAUACCAACACUGCCUCGUUGCCUUUAAAAGUGACAGCUGUGAUUGCACUACCUGACUGCAGGCCAUUGUUUCCAUAAUCACAAUGUUAGCUAAGUGAAGGACUGCAGAUAAGUACGCUCAUUAGACAGUUUAGUUACCGAGCAAAACUCAGAAUCUUGAAUGCACUGCCAUUUAUACUGCUAGUGCAGUCUGCUAAUAGACUCCAUUUUUGUUUAUUUUAUAUAAUGAAGAAAGUCAUUUUUAAGUUGUACUUUGGCUAUAAAACAGACAUGGAUAAUUUGUGCAAUAUUCACAGAAAAAAUGAAAAAAGAAAGAAGCAUAUGGGCCAAGGUGUCAGCUGAAGAAUCUCACAUUCUCAUAGGGACAUUGACAAAGUCAUGUAAUGCAGGGAAUUUUACAUGGGUGACAAUGUACAGACAGAUGUGAUUAUACAGAGUCUGUUUAUGUAGAAAUUGUUAUAUCAGAGGGACAUCAAAUCUGAAUCUUAAAAGAUGUAUGAAAUGAAUCGGCAACCAUCCAAAACAAUUCUGAGGUUGUGCCAGACAUGUUUGAGUGUAUCGAUAGGGCCAAAGUGAAGUCAAGGAAAUGUACAGAAUAAGGCAAUGUGAGUGAAUAGUAAAGAAUAUUAUUCAUCACAGGGUCAAAUGGCGUUUUGGCAACCCAGGCUGCAAAGAUCAAAAUGUUUACUCAUUGCAUUACAUGAAAAGAUAUGAAGUUGCUGCAUUUUAUUUUGUUUCAAUGCACUCAUUGUGGUUAACAGUUUUCAGACAUGAUUAAAACAAGGGCGUUAACAUUGCACUGUAUUUUUAAUGCUAUAAAAAAGUACAAAAUAAUGUAUCGAAAGGUCUAAGAUCUAUAAACAGCGUAAAUAAAUGUCUGGAGCCAUCUGGUUAUA